AUGUCACUUCGUCAUGCUGAAAGGGUAUCCGUCUUUUUCUCUCCUUGUUUCCGUCCCUCUCUCCGUCCCCUGUCUCUGCCCGUUUCAACGUCCGUUUCCCCGCCCCUUUUUCCCCCCCCAAAUCUGGCAGCAGCUGUGGCCUUUCAGUCGAGCCAAGAGUCACCGGAGGGGCCAGCCACGCUAGCAGCACCUGUGGCGUUUGUGGCACAACAGAGUCUAGACUCACCAGAGGUGGCUGUAAUGGGGAGGAGGAGACGGUUGCAGGAGGAAAGGGGGGGUUUAAGUCAGGAGGACGAUGAGGAUGAGAGGCGGCAGGAGGAAGAGGAGAGGAUGGAGGAGGAGUUGGAGAGGAAGGUGGAGGAGGAAGAGAAGGAGGAGGUGGAAGAGGAGAAGAGGGAGGAGGAGGAGGAGCAGCGGGGCAAAGGGGGGGAGGAACGGGAGGGGAGGGGAGAAGAGGAAGCAGGCGAGGUGGGGGAUAAGGGAAAGGGAGAAGAAGAGGAGCAGGACGAGGAGGGGGUGCUGGGGGAUGGGGAAGGGGAGGAGGAAAAGGAGGAGGGUGAGGGGGAGGAACAAAAGGAGGGGGAGGGGAAGGAAGGGGAGGAGGAGGAAGAGGAGGGCGCACAAGGCAAGGGAGGAAGUGCAAGAAGCAAUGAAGGUUCCGGUGAUAGCAGUGGUGGCGGUGUCAGUAGUGCCGGUGGCACUGCUGUAGGUGUGGGUGGUGGUAGAAGCGAAAGUGGCCAAAGCAGCACGUUUGGUGGCUCUGGCGGUGUUGGUGGUGGUAACACUGGUGGAGCAGGAAUGGGAGGAGCAGGAAUGGGAGGAGCAGGAAUGGGAAGGGGAGAAACAGGAGCAGGAGGGGGAGAAACAGGAGGAGGAGGAGAAACGGGAGGGGAAGAGGGCGGCAGGAGGCCGGGAGGGCGGCGCUACGUGCCGCCACUGGACGCCGUGAUUGCGAACGUGACGGGCGGCAGGGACCGUCCCAUUGUGGUGGUCACGGCUCGUGCUGUCAACCUGGAGUUCGUUCACAACUGGUACCUGUCGGUUCGGGGAAAGCGCAUGGGGCGGCGGGUGCUGUUCAUUGCUGAGGAUUACCACUCCUUCCGCCUGCUCAACCGCCAGUUCCCCAUGCAGACCGCUCUCAUCGUGACACCCAAGGGCGACCAGACAGCAGGCAUUGAGGACCGGCGCCCAUGGCACUUCCUUCGCCUUCUCCAACACAAUGUCUCCUUCCUCUACAAUGAUCCGGACAUGGUGUGGCUGCAGCUGCCCUUUGGGUACUUCAACGGUGAUUUCGACCUCUGGACAGCCUCUUCCGCCCCGACCUUUGAUGCGCCUCAGCAGCCCACCGACGAUGCCGCCCCCACCACCACCAACCACCACCUCCUCCGCCCCACACCUCUCCCACCCAACCAACCGCUCUCCACCGCUCUGCUCUACUUCCGCGCGUCCCCAGGCGCCAGGGCUGCGGUGCAGGCGUGGCAGGCAGAGCUUAAGUUUAUUGUCAUGAAGACGAGAAAGUUGGGUGUGCCGAUGAACCAGAGCGAGGGCGCGUUCAAUCGCGCGGUUCGAGGGGUCGGGAGUGCUGCUAGGGUCGCGCUGCUGCCGCAGCUGCUGUUCCCGUCGACGGCCCUGUAUUUCAGGUGUGGCUGGGAGGUGUGGCUGGGAGGUGUGGCUGGGAGGUGCGGCUGGGAGGUGCGGCUGGGAGGUGCGGCUGGGAGGUGCGGCUGGGAGGUGUGGCUGGGAGGUGUGGCUGGGAGGUGUGGCUGGGAGGUGCGGCUGGGAGGUGCGGCUGGGAGGUGCGGCUGGGAGGUGCGGCUGGGAGGUGCGGCUGGGAGGUGUGGGUGGGAGGUGUGGCUGGGAGGUGUGGCUGGGAGGUGUGGCUGGGAGGUGUGGCUGGGAGGUGUGGCUGGGAGGUGUGGCUGGGAGGUGUGGCUGGGAGGUGUGGCUGGGAGGUGUGGCUGGGAGGUGCGGCUGGGAGGUGCGGCUGGGAGGUGCGGCUGGGAGGUGUGGCUGGGAGGUGUGGCUGGGAGGUGUGGCUGGGAGGUGUGGCUGGGAGGUGCGGCUGGGAGGUGCGGCUGGGAGGUGCGGCUGGGAGGUGCGGCUGGGAGGUGUGGCUGGGAGGUGUGGCUGGGAGGUGUGGCUGGGAGGUGUGGCUGGGUGGUGUGGCUGGGAGGUGUGGCUGGGAGGUGUGGCUGGGAGGUGUGGCUGGGAGGUGUGGCUGGGAGGUGUGGCUGGGAGGUGUGGCUGGGAGGUGUGGCUGGGAGGUGUGGCUGGGAGGUGUGGCUGGGAGGUGUGGCUGGGAGGUGUGGCUGGGAGGUGUGGCUGGGAGGUGUGGCUGGGAGGUGUGGCUGGGAGGUGUGGCUGGGAGGUGUGGCUGGGAGGUGUGACUGGGAGGUGUGGCAGUGGUUCCUGUGGUGGUUCCUUGUGCUGUUGGCGCUCUUCCCAUUUGCUUUGCAAUUUUAA